AUGAAACAAUUAGUUUUUUAUUUGAUAUUGAUACAUCAAGCGAGCUCUUUAUUCUUCCCAAUGGGAGGAGGUGGCGGCGGUGGAUGUUGUUGUGGAUGUGGAACACCUCAACCACCAAGUUGUGGAUGUCAACAAGCAGCUCCAGCAUGUGCACAACCAGUUUGUCCAUCUUGCCCACCACCACCUCCUUGUCCACCUCCACCAACUGCAUAUUGUCCACAAGUUGAACCAGUUUAUAUUCCAGCAAGUAGUGGAUGCGGUUAGUUUUUUUUUAAUUUUUGAAUUAGGACUCAGAAAUCGAGUUGGGUCCAGAGCUAUUCAACUUUUUUUGAGUAAAAUUCUGAAAUCGAUUUUUUUUUUCAAAAAAAAAACAUCAAAGUUCUCGGGAUUUAUAAAAAUUUUCUUCACUUUUUUUGAAAGUAGCUAAACAAUCAGGAAAAGUAUCUCAAAAAUUCCAGAAAAAAAUUUUUCAGGCGGAGGUUGUGGCGGCGGCGGUGCUUCGUUUGGUGGUAUUGGGGGCGGGGGUGGUUAUGCUACUGGCCCAGCUGCUCCGAUUCCACAAGCCAUUCCACAAGCUCCAAUUGCUGGAGGAGGAGGAUAUUCGACCGGUGGAAGACACGCUUCUGCAGCCGGUGCUGUUGGUGCACAAGUAGAUGAAGAUUCCGGAAGUGAACCAGCAGUUGAUCAAGUAUUCCGAUCACCAAAAGAAGAUCAACCACAAUGUAAAUCACAAGUCAAAUAUAUCAUGUUGAGAGCAAGAAAAUUGCCUGGAACUGAAAAUAGCGAAGUUGUUGAAGAAGAAUUGGAAGAAGUUGAGAAUCUGCCACAUGUUGAAGCGACUGCUUCUCCUUUGGAUGCUCAACUUGGAGAAGAGAUAUCAGCACAAGAAAAUGGGGAAGAUUCAGAUGAUGCGACGCCAGGUGGAGAAUUUAAAGCGAGAGCUGCGAAGACAGCAAUCACUGAUGAGAAAUGUAACAGCAAAGUGUUGCAGAGUCUGGUUCUUACUGUAAGUUUCCUUUUCAGAUUAAAUUUUGAACACUUUAUAAUUUUCAGAAUAUCGUGGCUAAUGAUGCUCUCGGCUCAAAGAAACUCAUCCAUGAAAAUGCACUACAAGAAUUCCCAGACAGUAGUGUUGAUGUGAUUUGCUCAACAACUGGUUUCACAUAUCUUGUCAGCACAACUGAACAUUGUGAAGCUCAAAAAGACGGUGUUAUUUGUUUCGUCUACAAGCGGCCAUUAUAA